AGUAAGUUUUGGAUAAACAAAAGACGCCACGUGCCGCGCUCAUCUCAUGCUUAUAAGGGUUGUCGGAUGCACUCGUGCCGGAUCUGAACUGACGUCAAACUCAGAGAGCUUUAAACCUGAAUACGUCGAUAAAGGAAGACUUCUCUAGCGAACUGAGAAAUUGAGGCCCACGCGAUUUAAGAUUUUCACUCCGCUGACUGCAGGAAUAUCUGCGUGAACGAUGCCGGAGAAAAGCACACGCUUCCCGACUGUGAGCGGGGGCUCGCCCGUGUCGUCUACGGGCUCGGACGCUCGCCUGCCCGCCUGCGUGGCCACGGUGGCCCCCGGUCUGGCGGAGUCGUACCCGCACACGAAAAGGGUCGGGUCGUACCUGAUCGGGAGAACUCUUGGGGAAGGUUCGUUUGCCAAGGUGAGGGAGGGACUGCACACCGUCACCGGCGAAAAGGUGGCCAUCAAAGUGAUUGACAAGAAGAGCGCGCGAGAAGACGCCUACAUCUCCCGGAACCUGAGAAGGGAGGGACGGCUCAUGCAGCUUCUCCGCCAUCCUAACAUCGUACAGCUUCUUGAGAUCCUUGAGACGGAGAACUCGUACUACCUUGUCCUGGAGCUGUGCGAGGGCGGGGACCUGAUGGAGCACAUCUGUAAGAAACGCCGGCUGGAUGAGGCUGAGGUCAGACGCUACCUGCGGCAGGUGGUGUCAGCUGUACAGCACCUGCAUGAUGCGGGCAUAAUUCACAGAGACUUGAAGGUGGAGAAUCUACUGUUGGACGAAAACAUGAACGUCAAGCUCAUCGAUUUCGGUCUGAGUAACUCGUUCCGCUCCCCGGGCGGCGGUGACGGCAGCCCGGCGGCGGAGUUCUGCGUGACGCAGUGCGGCAGUCCGGCCUACGCCGCGCCCGAGCUGCUCGGACACAAGCGCUACGGGCCGAAAGUCGACGUCUGGAGCAUAGGAGUAAACAUGUACGCCAUGCUGACGGGGAGCCUGCCGUUCACCGUGGAUCCCUUCAACAUCAAGGCGCUGCACAGGAAAAUGCUGACGGGAGACAUGAACCCGCUUCCCGGCGGACUCUCCAUCGGUUGUCGAGAGCUUCUCCGCCAGUUACUGACCUCCGACCCUGACAGACGCCCGUCACUGAAGCAGGUCUGUAAGAACAGGUGGCUGAACGAGGGGCACAAGGGCACCCUUCCCGUCAUGCCUUUUCCCAACCGGGUCAGCCCUGAUGACCUCGACUCAAGGAUCCUGAACCACAUGCGUGACACCCUGAAACUCUCAGUGUCGGACACCAUCCACAUGGUCGUAGGGAACAAGGCACACCAGAACAGCGCCAUCUACCACCUACUGAAGACACGGCUAGAGCGGUACACCUCGCAAGUCAGGGUUACAAUGAAGAAGCUGGAGGUGGCUGAGAGUGUAUUGCUGAAGCGCCGCCUGUCAACCAUCCACAAAACUGCAGGCACUGCAGACGAUACUACACCAGAGACUGGGGAAGCUGGCUCCUCUGGUGAGGUCAAACCACAACCUAAGCAGGUCAAAGGUGAAAGGCCAUCCCAUCCAGCUGGCUCGCCCAGUCAUGCCAGACAUCGGGUCAUAGUUCACACUGGAGGUCCAACCAAUAAGGUCUCACUACCAUAUAUGAACUCCAUCAGAAGAGGUCCCGGUGGCAGAGUCGAGGCCAGACUCCUGCGUAGACACGUCAGACAGGCACACAGAGAGAGGAAAGCCCAGGCUACUGGCCAAUCACAGCACUCCAAUUCUACCUGCCAAUCACAACAAACCUCCCUGUCUAACAACCAAUCACAACACACCUCUCAUCCAAGCAAGCCACCACAGCCAAGCUCAAGGGACCAAAACCAACCAGGAUUGGUUGAAAAAUUGACCAAUCAGGAUCCUUCUGAACCCAUUCACCCUGGCCAACCAGAAGCAACUUCAGUUGGGACUGACCAAUCAGGGGCUGUGGAGAAUAACCAAGCAGAUGAGCGGAGGCCAAAGUCAGGAAAAGUCAUCAAGAAGAGACCAGCCUCCUGGAUUGGCCACAACAGACAUUUUAUAGUCCAUGUGAAAGCACCGACUGAGAAGUUAGAUGAGGACCCAGCAGGGCUGACAGCACCUGACCCCAAACCCAUUGACCUCCUGGCUCUGACCUCGGAUGACCCUCCUGCCAUCAUCACCAUGGCGAGGAGCGAGACACGCCCUGGGAGCAGCUCACCCAUGAAGGAGGGGGGGACAGGGUCCGAUGGAGGGGAAGACUCCAGCAUGCCCAGUGUAGGAGAGAGCAUCAGUAGUGGUGCAUCUGACGCUGGAUCCCCCCAGCCAAGAAAUGGUUCGACCUCUCCUAAUAAGGAAGAUCUCCAGCAGAGUUUGGACUGUUCCAUUUCCAAAACGGAGGAUCCAAAGCCGAGUUUGGACUACUCCACUGCCAAAACGGAGGAACCAAAUAAGAAAACUUCCUCUUCUUCUACUGGUGAGAGAUAUCAAGCAGAGACUGCCAACGCUUUCACUUCUGGUCAAGAGAAUCCACAGCAGGAUUCACCCUCCAAGGAGGGCGAAAAAUUCAAGUUCUUUGACGACCUCCGGAAGAAAUCCGUCGAAGUCGGAAUGACUGAACCUCUUGACGUGAAGUUCCCUCAACAAGAAACUUCCAGUCCUGCACAGAAGAAGUUUUCCAUCGACAGCCACGACACACUGGAUGUGCCGAAAGCACCAGGGUUAAGAAGAGCUUCUCUGGACCUGAGAAAAUCCAACGACCACAAGGCCAUAGACUUUCUCAAGCUUGGGCGAGACGGCACUCACACGCCAACCCAAGCCAGGCGACGGUCCAUAGACAACGUCUACCAGAGGAGGAACUCCUACCAGGAGACUCUGACGGCCCUGAGACAAAGCAACAAGAGGAACAGUAUCCAAGAAAACAACGUUCUACCCGGUCUGAAACUGUCUGGGUCUCCUCUUGCAAGUCUGAGGGAGGACUCAGCAAAGAAGCUCUCAGUCCGACACACCAUACCGCCGUCAAGUGCGAAAGAGAACGGUGAACCCUCUAGGCCUGCUCAAACUCCGAACCCUUGUCCGAGCCCGGUGACAACUCCGCCCCUUCUUCCUGCGGUUGAAUUCCCGAUUGUAAGAAAGAACGGUGAUGCAGAAAAGCCGACAGCACAGACGAUAAAGCGUGAACCUCUCUCGCCUCAGUCAGCAGACGCAAAAAACAGCCUGACGAACACAAGAACUAUCGCCCUGGUCGAAAGUUCCAAAGAGAAGACACUAAAAAGGCUGCGGGUGGUUCUACAAGAAGUCAAAGUAGACGAAGUAGAACAGAGAAUAUCCGGCACUGUGGUGUGUAAGUGGGAGGGGGUGGUCUUUUCGGUUCAAGUGUCCAGGGGGGUGGACUGUGGGGAGGGGGUACUGAUUAGCUUCUACAGGUUGUCUGGGGGGGACAACCAGAAGUUUUCCCAGCUGUGUGACAGACUGGAAGAAAAGCUGUUGUAGACUUCAGCAGUAAAAAUGCCACAUCUCUUUAAAGUAUAAUGUGCCAAAGUUUGAGGCAAUCUAUUAAAGCUUCCCUGUUUUGUUCAGGUGUAAUAAAAAUGUAAUGUAUGUAUCAUGUAAAAAGAGGAUGGUAGACAAUGAGAUCCCAUCUUGGUGCCGGGCACUGAUAUGCAAUGAAGAAGAAUGUAAAUGUAAAGAUGACUGUAUGUAUGUGAUCUACCAGAUUUAGAUUGGAGAAAUGUGAAAUGUAUCUAUACUGUCUACCUUUGGGGUGUCAUAAGGAAUACUUAAAAAAUUAACUAGGAAGAUAAAGCACUCCCGAAGGUUCCUGUUAUUUAGAAUUGAAAGGACUAGAAAGAUGUUAAGGCAAGGUAUUUUAUCAGUCUCAUAGGACCAUGAAAGAUGUUACUAUAGUGCCAAACCUUGAGGAAUCUAGAUCUAGGUUUCUUAUGUUUAUCAUUAGUCCCUUUAUGACUUA